UCGCCCGUCUGUGAGCAUUCGCCCUUUCGCCCUCUCUCACCAUCGCCCGCGAUGCGCUUCCCGUCCGCUCUGCUAUUCGCCAUUGGCAUUCUGCUGCCGUGGCCGUCAUGUCUGGGCUCUCGUGUCGCAAGCUUCGAUUUCACCAGGCAUCUGGGAACCAAAUCGAUAUACCCCGAGCCGCCGUCCGAGUCCAGCCGCGCUGACGGUGCAUCCAUCGACUCAUCCCCGUCGUCCUGCGAGCUCGUGCAGAUCCAAAUGAUCAUCCGGCACGGCACACGAAACCCUGGCAGGUCUGAUAUCCUGUCGUUCAAGGACAUCGAGGGUUUCUUGAGAACCCAGCGUCCUGCAGCAGGAUGGAGCCGGUAUCCGUGGAUGCAAAACUGGACCUCGCCGUUCCAGCCUGAAGACGAAAGCUUGCUGACCCGGUCCGGCGAAGAGCAGCUCUAUCGACUGGGCUCGCGGCUGGCAGACCGAUUCCAGGCGUUCCUGGAGCCCUACUCUCCCAACCUCUACGAUUUCCGGGCCUCGGACAAGUCCAGGACGGUCCAGAGUGCCCAGGCCUUUGCCUUUGGCCUCUUUCGCCGCCCUGGCGCUGCCAACGAAUGCCCGCGACCAGCCACGAUCCACUGCAGCACCUUGCCGGCAAGCAUGGACUAUGAGAUCGAGCCCGCUGCCAACUGCAAAGCGUGGGAAGGCCAAGUCCUCAAUUCAACUCGCCCAAGCAGCGAGAGCGCCGCGUGGAGGAAGCGGUUUCUCCCAGACAUCACGGCCCGAGUCCAGGACCGCGCCGGCAUUCCGUUCACCAACGAGCAUGUCUCGGCCAUGUUCAAGCUCUGUGCCUUUCAGGUCGCUGUCCAAGACAUCCGCAACGAGUGGUGCUCACUGUUUUCGGAGGAUGACUUUCAGCGGCUUGACUAUGCCGACGAUCUCAAGCACUGGAUGCAGUUUUCAUACAGCUUCCCCAUCAACCGGGUGAUGGCAUGCUCACUGGCCACCAACAUCGCCAACGGACUAGUUGAGGCCAUCGAUGCCCUGGCCAGCAACCGCCAACGACGACUCGGCAUCUUUCGUUUUGGCCACUCCGAGACUCUGCUGUUCCUGUUCACGCAGCUGGGUCUAUACGAGGACACCGAGCCCUUGACGGCCAACAUGACUCGGCACCUGCUCUACGAUCGCCAGUUCCGCACCGCCGCGAUCUCGCCUUUCGGCAGCAAUGUUCUGAUCGAGCUUGUCCACUGUCCUGGAUCGGAACCUGCAAAGAUCCUUGCGAACGCUGCAGAGUCUCAAGAGAGCCUUUUGCCGACACUGCCAAGCGAACAAGCGGCGUACUGGAGCCGUGCAUUUCCGGUCCUGAGGCAGGGACACACCCUGCGCGAUUAUGCGAUCCGGGUCUCAGUCAACGAACAGUACCUGCAUCUGCCGCGAUGUCAGGCCAAAGGAGAAGAUUACUCGCCCAAGGACGUGCCCAGCUGCCGUCUCGACCGCUUCUUUGAGUCGAUCGCUCGGAAGGGAUAUCUCGACUGCGACUACUCGGGGCUGUGUGGCAUAACCGAUCGAAACUGCACCUGGUCGUGAGAGCCAGGGAGAGGAGAAAGGCCACGGAAGGGAGAAGGUGAAAGCGGGCCCGCGAUGGGCCGUCCUCUGGAUGCUCGCCGCUUGUGAUUCGACUUGAUCUCAGUACGGGAUUAUGUCAUCCGUCAUGGGUGCGGUGGAGUCAAUCAAUCGAAUGGCCAGAGUCAGUCCAGUGACUGGAUCGCCGAGGCGCUCAAGCAAAAUUACCUCCGUCCCGCUGAAUGACGCUGCCAUGCGGUUCACAGCCGGGAGGCAAGCGGCA